UUUUUACAGCAUAUAGCACAACUUGAAUCACCAAGUUGUUACUGCCAUAUAUCCAUGUGUUUCCUAAUUUGUCCUCAUCUGGUGGGCUACAAUAACAAUUGCUUGCAAUGAGCUGAUUUUGCUAUUGCUAAUGUCUAAACGAAUCAACUUUAUCCCACAUCUUAACGUUCAUUCAUACCGUGUAAAACUAAGAACUGAUUAUGGACCCUCCAAACAAGUGGAUUUAAGCAAAAGCUAGAACAGAAUAUCAUUCAGAAAAGCGCAUCACAACUUCACUAAUUUCUAUGUUUAUUGCAUCGAACAGUUUCUCAAGAACUAAUAAGUACUUAAAGACUUGGUGGUGUCACUUUCAUCCGCAUAUGAGAAAAUAGCCCUGAAAUCCUAGCUAUAUUGCUCGAAAGUCAUCGACAUAAGCUCUCUUCCUAAUGUGAACAAAGUGUAAGUAUUUGACAGCAUGUUGUAUGCAACUGUAAAUCCAAGCUCUUAUAUGUAUCUGCUGUAACGGGUCAAUAUUGGCGUGCAACUUUUCUAGUCAAAUUCAAACCAAAUCCAGGGUUAGACUGUAUCAGCAUUCUAUACAUUCAGGGCGAGGCAUGCAUAGACAUGCAUGCAUGGAUGUCAUGACCUCGUAUACACACCCGCGAGCGUAUGGAACGCAACGCCCGGCCGGCCAAGGCCGCACCCGCACGCGCGUUGCGGGGGUCUUCUUGCCGGCACGGACGGCCUCGCUCGUUUUUCUCCCGCCCAGCGCUCCCCAGCCUCUCCCUCCUCUCCUCCUGAACUUGAAAGCCCAGCCAGCAAGCGGCGAGCCAUCCGGCCGCGCGCUCCAAGAAACUGAGGGAACGCACGCACGCACGCAAGCAAGGAAGCAGAGUAACAAGAACGUCGUUCAUGGCUCGCCUUGGCACCGCGGCGCUCGUGGCCGUGGCAGCGUGCCUCCUGUACUGCGCGGCGACGCUGCCGCUGGCCUCCGCCGGCGCCACCGCGACGGACCUGGCGGCGCUGCAGACGUCGUCGUCGUGCGACGGGACGCUGGGGCAGUGCGCGGUGGGCGCGGAGGAGGAGCAGGAGGUGGGCGGCGAGGGGGCCCUCCGUCGAGCCCUGGCGCAGCGGCAGCCGACGAACCGGUACAUCAGCUACGCGGCGCUGCGCGCCGACCAGGUGCCGUGCAACCAGCGCGGCAAGUCCUACUACACCAACUGCGCCUCACAGAAGCCCGCUAACCCCUACCGCCGGGGCUGCUCCGCCAUCACCCGCUGCCAACGCAGCACGAACUGAUCCAUCAUAUCCAUGAUCCAUCCACGGUUUCGAGGGAGCGGAUGACGAAGAGGGAUGAUGGGGAAGAGAUCGAUCGAGGGAGUCGAUGCAUGCAUUGACAUGAUUGUGCUUAUGUGUUGAUUAAUUCUGCACGUGAUCCAUGAUCAUCGUGUAAGUAGCUUACCUAGGUCGUUGGCUGUAUUUUACGUGAGUUCAUUCAUGCAUUCGCUUGGUUCGAUUUUAGAUGGUUGAUUCACGGUGGAUUUUUCGGGUUAUUUUUAGGGAAAGGGAUUGUAUUAGUCUGGUCGACGUACUGAAAUAAUAAUUCAGCAAAGGAGUCUGGUCAACUUCUGACUAAUACAUAUGUAUGUUUGGAUCUGUACUGUCCUACUUUUCUUGUUCUGUUUUGGGUUGGUGACUCUGUUUCACUGGAUUGUGUGUCCCAUAUAUGUCCUUAUGGGCAGAUUUGUAGAUUAUGUUU